GACUUUUUGGCGCUCGAUACGGUCACGCUUUCGAUUUUGUCGUAUGUUUUCGGAUCGGUUUUCCUACUUAUUGCUCAAAAGUGACUCGGUCAAGAUCGUAAUUUAUUCUGAGCAGUCAAGUCAGACGUCUUGAAUGUGUCCACUUUGCCCGAGGAUAUGAAGCGUAAAGGAAAGCAAAAGACUUCAAAACCUUCUGGACGUUAUGGUUUAAAAGGCAGUUUGAAGUCUUACUAUGGUGAUUCUCAAUUACAUCCUGAAUGUGGGUCACCAGAUACAGGAUCUAAGUCAUCUCAUGGUCUUUCAAAAACACCAGAUGAUACUUCCAGUGAAUCAGUUCAUAGCCGUAGUCUUCGUAAUAGUUCUGUUGGAGAUGAUAACUUAUCACAAAUGGAAAGUCGUGGUCGUCGUGUACUAGACAAAAAGGGUCAUAACGGAGAUCUUGAUCAAAACGUAUUCAAGAAUUUUGCAGAUGACUAUAGUAAUGAGUCAAGGGAUCGUGAAGGCUCUCUUCCAAUGGGACUUAGUAGUGAACAUGAACUUCCUUAUGAUGAUGAAUCUACUCGUGAACCUUUAUCAACCAAAGAUCUCAGCGGAUCACAUAAUUCAGUCUUUGUUGAACCCCGUCAACCAGACAAAGUCACAGUGGAUUACAACAGUGCAUCGCAUACUCAAAGAAAAGUCAACAAACGUGAGCUAAAAGCGUUAUUAAAGCAGACUAAAAAGAAACCAUCAACUGUAGACGAGACAGUGAUCGCUGCUAUCGAUGAAUUGGCUAUUCACUUGAAGGAUACUUGUGUGAUUGACACGAAACCGGUACCUCGUCGACCAAUCCCAGUCGCUGUAUCUCCUACUUUAGCCUCACGUCAAUCUGAAACACCAUCCCGUAGAGGUGUCGGUGCACGCAGAGGCGGCCGGAGAGGUCGGGGUGCUCGUCGUGGUGGUCUUUCUUCUCCUACUUCUACCACUUCCAUAGAACAGGCGGUUCUUCCGGCAUCCUGGGUACCUCUUAUCCUACCAAACCCGUUAAGAAGUCCCGUGACAUCAGAUCCUGAGGGUGAUAAUUUGGGGGUGAAGUCGAAGUUAUGUGCACCUUGGCUUCAACAACUUCCUGAAUCGCGGGUGCAUCGGUUUGUUGUGAAUAUGCGCCGUCUGUUGGCGGCUACAUUAAAAAAUCCUAUAGAAACAGAUCACUUAUCUAAAAAACCUAUUCAACUUAUAGAUUUAACAUCAGACAAACAAGAUUAUUCUGCUAGCGCUUUCGAUAAUCAAUCGAAACAAUUAUCAUUUCCACUAAAUUCUAAUAUACAAAAUCUUGGUCAUCAUACAAUAAUACCCUCUGAGAUAAAAAAUACUGAUCAGCUGCCUCUUAUUAAGACAGUUGAAGAUGUAAAUCAAAAUGAUUCAAAGUUUAUUUCAAAUCCUACUGAAGAUUCUGCUUCGAAGUUGAAUUUUAAACUUGUUGAAAGUACUACUGUCACACGUACAUUGGUUUCUAGUUUAACUAAACGUCGAGGUAGAGGUAAAAAACACCAUGGAUUUCGCCGUAACUUUUCAUCUGUACAGUCGAAUACAAUCGGUGCAUCUGAAUCAAUCCCUUUGACAAAUACUAAUCUUGUUUCAUCAUCAUCAAAUCCGAUUAACAAUCAACACGUAGAAACUAGUCAAUAUGUGAUUCGAAUGCCUAAAUCAACUUCUUCUAAAGGGAAAUCUCGUGUUUCUCGUGAACUUCGUGGUCUUGUCACUUGGGACGCUGUAAUGGCCGAACAACGCAAACGUGAACAGGAAUUAAAAGACAUCGAAGCUAAAGGAGGAUCUGCCUCACUUCAUCCAUCUGAGGUGACGUUAUCAGUUGUAACUGACUUUAUAGCCUCUGUAGAAGAAGAAGGUCUAACUCCUAAACUUCGCAGAACUCGACAAACUAGCGGCAGUGUUCCCAGCCAUGUUACACAUUCAGCUGUAGGAUCUGAUGUUGCUUCUAUGCAGACUACAAUUGCUGCUUCCGAACACACUAAUUAUGAAAUAAAUUGUCGUGUGAAACCGGGUGAAACAUCUUCAGUAGUCGCAUAUUCUGGACUUAGUACUGAAGUGUCAAGUGUAUCGUCGGAUAAUAUAAUUUCAGUUCAAAAAACAACCAUUCAUAAAACAACCGGUGACAAUAAACCGUCUACUGGGAAUAGUGCAGGUGAAUCUCGAUUGAAUCAUUCGGAUUGUGAUCAGAAAUGUUCGUUUUCAGUCACCUCAGAUGCAAGCGAAAUGGAAUCUGCAUGUGUUACCCAAUAUUCUCCAAUUUCUGUAGAACAAGAACCAAACGAAUCACAGCAUACUUCAUUUGAACAACUUGAUGACGGUGCAUAUCAGUCGUCAACUACAGUUAAGCGGAAUAUCAGUCCCUUAAAAUCACCGGGUCGUCGUAAAAAGAAGUAUAAAAUUAACCGGUUGUUUAAAUCCCAUCCUUGUGACUCGGAUCGCCACCCGGAACAAUAUAUACUUAAUGAUUCAGUAUCUCAAAGUUCUGUUACUGUCGACUCUCGGCAACAAUUUGACACCUCUUCAUCUGUUUCAUCUCUUCCUGUUCCUUCGGCGAAGCGUAAACGACAAACACAACAUGGGGUUCUUACAAAUACAGAUCCAAUUCUUGAAGAUCCCAACUUCGUGGAACAGUCUGCACGUCUCCAAGAAACUGACGGUUCUGAUGCCUGUGAUAUUUUACCUACUUCUGCCUCAUCAUCACUUCCAAGCAACGUAAGACGUUCUUCUACUUCACGUAGCUCAGCUCUUCCUCCUCGAAAACGCUACAAGGUGGGAAUAGAUACAUCUAACACCAAUGAAAACCAUGCUUCCUCUGUUAUGGAUAAAGAUAAUUUGAGGGAUUUCUGUAAAUCAGGUUUCAAUGAGCCCAACUUGUCUGUAACUGUCAUAGAUUUAACAGAUAAUGCCUCAAGUACUGGAGUUUGUCAUCUUGGAAAUGCUGAUAUAUCUCUAUCAAAACCUGAACACAGAAAACGUGGUCGAGGUCGUCCGUCUAGACGCUUAGAAAGACUGGAAAGCAAUAGUAAUAUACCAGUUUCCCCCUGCUUAUCUUCUGACUCAGUUUCAGUAACUUGUGAUCGUCCAAAACGUGAGGCGGCAGCGAUGGGAUUUGCUAGUUUAGUUGCUGCAAACUUGAAUAAUACUGGUGUCGCUAUCAAUUCUGCACCAGAAACACCAGAAACUAUUAAUGUUAGAUCGGAAACUGGAAGUUUACCAUCUCCUACUACAAAUAUCAGUUGGGUUGAACAACAACAACACAUCGGAACUUUAGAAAUACAAGCCUGUAAGCCAACUGUAUCUCGAGGUCGUGGUCGCCCUCCGAAGCCCAGACCUAUUCAAUUACCCGUUGCUGAACAUAUGCUAAAUCGAAGUGCUGUGGAUUCAGAGAACAUGUUGGAUUCAAUUUCAAGUCGUCCUCUUCAGACUGUCAACGAAUCGCCGUUAUCGACAUCAUCAACCACACAUGCACAAGAAUCAAUACAGGUUAAGGAAGCUACUCAUCAAUCGUCUGAACAGAGUACUGAAAAUCAACAGAUGAGAAUCAAUGAAGUUCCAAUUGAUACAGCAUUGAAAGAGACUGACGAUAGUGCUAUAUCUCGCUCCCAAUCAGAUUCAAAUAACUCUUUAACAAUGUCGAUAAAGUCAUCGAAAUUGCUAUCGAUAAAACAGACAAGCAAAAAGAAUUCUUUACAAUCUAGCAUCAAAAUGAAAUCCGAAGUCGAUCAUUUGACUAUCAAAAGUAUGGCUAAUUCAUCUAUUCUAAGUUUGGAUGCUUCAUCAACAUUAUUAAAUCAACAACACUGUCGUUUACCUAGUCGUAAUAGUUUUUUCAAAGAUGCUACCAUAUCCAGUUUGGAACAGAUUUCAUUUCUCAAAGAUCGUUGUCUAAGUGGUCCACUAUAUGAAUUAUUUUGUAAAUUUCUUGAUGAACCUGAUCCACUCGAACCAAAUUAUCGGCUUUGUGCUCCUAUAAUAUACUUACCAUCACCUGAAAGGUAUCCGGAAUUUUAUCGAUUUACCUUAUCAUCACAUUUAUCUGGUUCUGGAUUAAAUGUUAAAUUUACAUCGAAUUUUACUAAUCGUCUAUUUUCACCAGUUGGUGAUAAUAAUAAUGAUGAUGAAAUUUAUCACGUUGAAUAUCCAUCACUUUGUUUAGCCAGUAUUGCAUCACGAUUUAUUAUAAAUUCAAUAAAAGAUCAAACAUUAAAUAAUAAUAAUAAUGACGAUGAUAAUUUGUCACCUCAUCAUCAUCAUCAUCAUUUAUUACAUGUUGAAUUAUCAGAAAAAGAAGAAAAUCAUUUUCUCCUAGUUACAAAUGCUAAUAUUAUGGAAAGUUUAUAUUCAUUAGAUAUAGCUAUGGAUAAUAUGUUCACUGUAUGGGAAGCUUUUACUGGACGUCGUAGUUGGUUUGGUCGACGUUUAAUGAAAUUAAAAAGUGUUUAUAUAAAACAUCGUACUAAUUUGGUUGAAAGUUUAAAGUUGGAGAAUCACAUACCGGUUGCAAUGCCAAAAUCGUUUGUACCAUGUAUACUUAAAUCACAAAAUAACAGUUCUAAGAAAAAAACUGAUCGUCGUGCACUCGAACGUGGUGCUGAAGUUAUUCGAUGUUUAUGUGGUUUUCGUGUUGAAGGUGGUCAUGUUAUGGUUCAAUGUGAUUUAUGUGCAUCGUGGCAACAUCUACCAUGUUUAUGGUGGGCACUUAGUCUGGCUAUUCGUAGUGAUUCCUCUAAUGGAUUAAAUUCAAACUUAGUUCGUUUAUGUCAAACAGCGUUAAUUGCUGCACAAGCUGUUGGUGGCGGUGGUGGUAAUACAGUUGAGGUAGAUGUGAAAGGUGAAGAUGAUCGAGAAGUUGAUGCUCCUUAUAUAUGUCCAGUUUGCUUGAAACUGGAUAAUUUAACAAAAGAAUAUCCUCGUUCAUUAUCUGCAGCGAUGAGUUUAAACGAUGUAGAUGCUGUCUUUGACUUACAAGAUACACUGGUGAAAGGUGAACAUGAAUUCUGGACAUUAGGUAGUCCUGAUGGAACUUGUCAAAUACGUACAGAUGAUUAUGCAUUUGUUAAUCGUUUCUGGUUAAAUCAUCUCAAUAUUUCACAGGAUAUAUCAAAGGGAACAACAACUACUGUAUUAACGAAUGUUAAACAACUUUUAGAUCAAUCCCUACAGUCUCCAGUGAAAUCUGCUUAUGAUCGUAUUAUUGUUCGAAUUUAUCGAUUAUGGAAGGAUGUCAGUGGUUUAGCUUGGCUAGAAGGUGGUUUGUUUCUGCGUCCAUAUGAUUUACCUCCGAUAUCGGCAAUAACUGAUUCAUCAAAAUGUCCACAAUUUUGGCAUCUUGAUGAAGUCGUCUACGAUGAGGCUAGACGUGUUAUUCUUCCAUUAGACGCUUGGAUUGGUAGAUGUAUGGUGUUAUGCCCUUCAGCAUAUAGAGUUGGUAGACCGGCUGAUUUACUAUAUACAGCACAUAUAAAAGAAUUUAUGCCAUCACUGAAAAAUGACAAUCUGAAUGAUUCCAAUUCUACUACAAAUCAGUUUCAAUAUUUCUUUGUUUGUGAAAAAUUAUUUGAACAGUCAUCAGUUGAUAACCAUAGUUGUAGAUUUGAUGAAAUAUCUCCUGGUUACUUAAAAGUCAGUAUGAAGCCAUAUUGUUUCCUUCGUAAACCUGAUAAUCAAUGUAUUCGUGGUAGUUUACCACGACAGUAUUCAGCUGUUGAACUACUCACCCGUGAUCAAAUACCUUUCUCAGAGGCAUCUGUCAAAGAUGAACAAACAUUUGAAAUCAAAACGUCUACUGAAGAAUGUAUUACAACAUCUGGAAAUAUGUCCAAUAGCGAUGAGAAGAAUGCUACAGUUCCAGUUGGCAGUUUAAAGCAAAAGGGUGAAAAACUGGCUCGUGUUGUUGACUGGUUGGAACGGAAACGUCAAACCAACUCUUCACAAUCCACAGUUACAUUACCUCAAAAUUCCAUUGUUCCAGAACAACAACAACAAACUUCCAUUUCAUUGUUACCCGUUGAAAAUAACCCAGUUAUUGAUGAAAUAUCAUUACCAUCAUCACGUAGUUUGUAUUCUCGAGGUCGAAUUCCACUUAGAAUCAAUCGUGGAAGAAGUAGAGGUUUCAAUAAAUCAUUGAAACUUACAUCAUCUAAUCCUGUACCAUUAUUACCUGAUAAAUUUUCUACAUUAACUGCUGUACUCCCCGAUAAAAUUGAUGAAAUAUCAUCCAAUAAAGAAGACGAAUCUCUCAAUCUUCCCGUUAAACGUACAUGUAUGUCAGAAAAUUCAUCACCAACUCAAUCAAAUAUUGUUCAAAUAUCAUCUGAAAUUAAUGUAGACCAUAAUUUAUCGUCAUUAGUCAUAAUCGAUUCAAAUAAUUCAUUAUGUAAUACAGUUGAUAAAAAUUCACCUAAACAACUUUCAAAUGAUUCUCUUAUCUCAUCUAAUACAGAAGAAACUAGUGUGGAUACUUUAGCAUUAAAUUCUAUUGUCCCAAUCACUUCUACUACUACUACUACUACUAUUACUACUACUACUACUACUACUACUACUACUACUACUACUACUAAUAAUAAUAAUAAUAAUAAUAAUAAUAAUAAUAAUAAUAAUAAUAAUAAUAAUAAUAAUAAUUCACCUCUUAAUUCACUUAAUAGUUUAAAGCCAUCUGAUUUACAAUCUAAUGAAGAUUCUAUAGAUCGUUUAUCAUCAGUAAUAUUAAAGCCUACAUCAAAUAAUCAAUCAAUUAUUACGUCACCUACUGAUGAUCAUUUGAAUAUUUCAUCAUCACCUAGUUUUGGAUCAACAAGAAAACGUAAAUGUUCCAUUACACGUAAAAGAUUAGUACCAGAACCAGAAUUACUUCAUGAAAUUAUUGACAAUUUACAAAAUAAUAAUAAUAAUAAUAAUAAUAAUAAUAAUAAUAAUAAUAAUAAUAAUAAUAGUUCAUGUUUAACUGUUAAUCAUUUAUCUGAAUUAAACCAUAACAAUACAUAUGAUAAUAUAUCUAUUGAAAGUUUAAACAACUCAAUUCAUAUAUCAGAUGAUACUAAACACUUAUCACUUUCAACUAAUCAAAUAUCUUCAAUAGAUCGAACAUUAUCAAUCCAAUCAUCAUCAUCAUCAUCAUCAUCAUCAUCAUCAUCAUUAUUAUUAUUAUGUACACAUUUAUAUGAAUCAAAUUUAAUUCAGAAUAAUGAUGAUGAUGAUGAAACUUGUUUAAUGAAUAUACAACCAAUUUUCUCUAGUCAUAUUACAAUUCAUAAAGUUCUAACAGAAAUUAAACAUUUUGCAUUGAAAUCCAAUCAACCAGUUAUUAUGUCAUUUAAUCAUAAUAAUAACAAUUUAAAAUCAAUAAAUGAUUGUGAUCAUCAACUUUCAACAUCAACAAUUUCUUCAAAUUAUUCAUUGAUUCAAAGUAAUAUUACGAGUCAAUCGAUAAUCGAUGAUAAUAAUAAUAAUAAUAAUGUAGAAAGUUCUAAUAUAUUCAUAGAUGAUAGUUCAAUAAAUCCUUUAAAUAAAGACCAAUCUGUUGAAUCAUCACAUGAAAAGGAAGUCGUUGUAGAUGAUGAUGAAGAUGAUGAUCAUCAUCAUCAUAAUAACAUUUCUCCUACUUCAACUGAAAAUAUAUCUCAUACUGAUAAUGAUAUUGAUAUAGAUGAUGUUAAUAAUAGUAAUUGUAUUAUGAAUAAUAAUGUACAAGAUGAGAAUAUUUCAUUCAUGACAACUAAUCAUGAUAAUAAUUCAUUGUUAGAUACUUCUAUAGAUUUACUCAAUAAUCUAACUACUACUACUACUACUGAACAAAAAGUUAACGAUAGUAGUAUUGGUGCUAGUUGUGAAUUUUCUACAACCGUCAUUUCAAUUCCAGGUAAUAAUAAUAAUAAUAAUAAUAAUAAUAAUAAUAAAGAAUAUAAAUCAUUUACAAAAUUUGCUGUUGAAACAUUAGUUUCAGAUGAUUAUUCAACUAUAAAUUCCAUUUGUACUACGUAUAAAUCAUCUCCUGAAAAAGAUUCAUCAUUAUCCCCAAAUAAUAAUAAUAAUAAUACUUUAUUAAAACAUAAUGAAUUAUCUACUGAAUUAAAUAAUGAUAAUAACGUGAUUGAUAAUUCAACCGUCAACAAUCAACAAUGUGAUGAAUCUAUUUGUCAAGAUAAUACACUUUUAAACUCUUCAUCAUCAUCAUCAUCAUCAUUAUCUGUGAAAGAUGAAAUCAAUCAAUUUCUUGUUGAGAAUGAGACAACCACUACAGAAAUUAUCUCUCCUAUAUCAUUAGUAACAAAUUCAAAAUCGAUAUCUAAUGAUAAUGAUUCUCCUCCAAUAAGUAUUGGAACACCUGUAUUAGAUGAAAAAUUAGAUUCCGUAGAACACAUAUCCACUGAUAUUAUACCUGAAUGUUUUCAAUCAAUUAAAACUAGUUAUAAUGUUACAGAUUUACAAACUCCGAUUGUUCAAAAUUGUCAAUUAAAGACAAAAGUAGAUACUGAUAUAUCUAAAUCACGUCAACCUACUACUACUACUACUAAUAUCACUACUACAGCUCAUAAUAGUAGUAGUAUUUUAGCAUCGAAAAAAUUUAAAGAAUCAUCUCGUGAUUAUGGUGGUCAUUAUGAAAACCGUCAUCAUUCACAUGGACAUCAUAACUCGUAUCAAUCAAGAAAUUCCAGUAAAUUUGAUCAUUAUAGAUCAUCGUCAUCAUCAACAUCAAAACAACAUCCAUGCUUUAGUAGUCAUCAUUCUCAUCAUAAUUCUCGUUAUGAUCGUAAACACCAUACACAUCCACCUCAUUAUCAUCAUCAACAACAACAAUCACAUCGUCAUGAUGAAUACAAUCCUCGUUAUCGUGAUUCAUCUUCUUCACAUAGAUCAAGAGAUCGUGAUGACAGUUCUCCAUAUUCAUCAAGGCAUAAUCAUGGCGAAAGAUCAGUAUCGAAUUCAUCACAUCGACAUCAAGAUCGCAUUUAUACCUCUGGAAAUAAUCGUGAUCCUUCUGAAGCUUCAAAUUGUUAAUUAAUAUAAUAAAAAGCUGUUCAUAAUAAAUAGAAUUUGUAAUCAAGAUUUACAUUCAUAGACAUACAAUCUUCAGUCUUGUUUCCUGUUUCUCCUCCUCCUCCUCCUCCUCUCUCUCUCAUCUCAUUUGUAAUCACAACGUAUUUGUUAAUAUUUAUUUUUAUCCAUAGGGUUUAUAUAUAUUGACAUGUAGAGUAGAACAAGGAGAGUAGGACAAAAUAGAAAGAUGAUUAUGAAAACUAUUGAAUAAACGCACAUCUAUUUUGUGUUGAUUGAUAAUUUUCAAUUCAUUUUCCUUUAUUAUUAUUAUUACCACUAAUUUCAUUUAUUCUUUCAUAUUGUUUUUUUUUCUUUAAAUGUGUACAACGUAUGUAACAAAGUAUGUGUGUGUGUGUAUAUGUUGUGUAUAUUGUUAUUUUGUGUUGAUCACCUUCUCUCUAAGGGUGUUUUAAUGCUCCAUACACACUCACAUACACGUUAAUGUAAACUUGACUUACAUUGAAAAAUAUUUGUUUGUUUGUGUUUUGUUUUAAACACAAAUACACCUCCAUCUCUCUCGCUCUCUGUACUUUAACCAAAUAAUCAUUUGUGUGUGUGUGUGUAUGUUGUAUGUAUGUGACACAACGGAGUAUAAAGUUCUAAACCUGUCAUUUUGUUUUAAUUCAUCAAUGUAUGUACAUAUUAACCACAAGACACAUAAUAUUUUCUUUUUAGAUAAUUAUGUAAUUUAUACACACAUAAAUACACCUCUUCAAUGAUCCCCUCUCUCUCUGUCACACACACAUACAUAAUUACUGUGUAUGGACAUUCGGUUGCUAAGAUUUCCUCAUUCUACAUUUAUUGAUAUGCUUUAAUUGUCCAUUAGACAAUGUGCACAGUAAUCCUUAUUUUGAAUUAUACAUAUGAUGUAUGAAUUGAAUUUUAUUUUUAUUCAUGAUAAUGAUACUGAAUUCCUUGAAAUCAAUUAUCUUCCCUCACUACCCCCCCCACUCCUUUUUUCUCUCUUGACUAUUACAUCUAAUGUUGAAGAAUUAUGUAUAUAAAUUUGCUAUUUAGUGAUUGUUUUUAAACAAAAACCAUUACUAUUUUAUUGGUUUUCUCUGCUCUAUUCUACUCUACUCUAAUUUGACCAAUUUAGUUUCAUGAAUGGGAGGGAUUGUUUUUAAUAAUGUGUGGCAUUUCUUAUCAUUAUUACUAUUAUUGUUAUUAUUAUUAUCAUCAUCAGUAUAAUUUAUUUAAUUUAAUUCUUUUUCUUUACUAUGAUAAUACUAAUCAUAAUAAUAAUAAUAAUGUAUUUAUAAGACGAAA